AUGCACGAGCUUCGAAGCGCAGGAUCAAGCGUAUUACAUCUUUUCAGACAGCUUGUCAUCGCCCAACCCAUCACAGACGAAGGCUUGACCCUCUUCGAGGCUGUCGGGGCAAUCCAUAAUCCUCACAGCGAAGACAUUUACACAUCGAUCCGAGACGUAUACACGCAUCGAGACUGCCUCGAUGGCGAGCACAUUGCAUCCCUACACCAACUUAUUCAUACGUUUGACAAGCCCAGUGCAAACGACCUGCUCACCGCGAUGAUCCAUCCCUGGCUCUCGCGGGGAAUCAAGAAGUGUAUAUGGAGCUGCCGAGAUGCAGUAAAAGAACAUAUUGAAAAGGGCUUAGAUUGGAUGCCCCUGGCAUUGGAGCUGCAUACCUUUUGCAUAGAUGUUAGAGAGUCUCGUCACGUCUUCCCGUUUGUGUCGGUCGUUACCAAAGCAUUACUUCGAUCAUGGCUAUCGACAGAGCAGAUGGAUAUGAUUCGAGAAAUUCUGGAAGUCUCGCAGAAGCAAGCAUCUAAGAACUCUACCGUCAGUCUCAAGACAGGAGCAAUCGCCGCCAAGCCCAAGACAUCGGAUUCGAAGGUAAAUGCAACACAACAACUCCAACAGAGUAUGCGGCAUCCGCUGGAAAAGAUUAUUGAGGAAUUCUACAUAUCCCGGUGUCUUGAUUCAGGCAAAAUAGCCCCUGAAACACAAGAUACAAUCGAAACCCUCCUUCACAUCUGGAAGAGCACGGUGGGCAAUACCAUUGAUAGCGACAGGCGAUCCUUAGCCAUACUAGUGUCAAAGCUGAUUGACGCUGGCGCCACCUUACGCAAUGAAUGUCUGAAAGAGAUAGCCACAGGGAACAGACUUCUACGCCCCCACUCUUUCAUCAAGCAUCUCCUUGCGAUAAUGCAACAAUACGAGACUGAGCCUGCGCCCGCUACCAUCGCCAUGACCAGACUCCUAACCGAUAGACAGGCCUGGACAAAAUGCUGGAAGACGCUCCUGCUCACAUGGAUUGCUCGCGAUGGCAAGCCCGGCCUAGCUAAAGGCUCUGGGUUCCUAGACUAUACUUUGCAAAGUAUGCGGGCGGCCGAGUGGCUGGCGUUUAUGCGAACGCUUGAGACGCUGUUCAAUGGCUAUUUGGAAGACACAAGCUGCGAGGUGCCUGCUAUCCUCCAACCGGAUUUACUUGCGUGGAAGUCACGGGCAUCGAGGUUCGUGGAUACGCUGACGAAGCUCGAGGAGCGGUUGUCUGGUGGUAGGGUGGAUGCGAGUGUACAGUGCAUAUUAUCCCGUGGAGGAGGAGGAGGAGGAGGAGGAGGAGCUUCAUCUGAGCUCUUCGUCAGCAUACUUGAGUGUCUUGAAGAGGUACAGGGAGAUUUGAGGGAGUCAAUCAUGUAUCUUGCUGUGGAGAAGCUCUCGGCUGCUUCGAAGAAUGUCGAGGUAGUCAAGAAUUGCGUUUGUAUAGUCAAGCAAGCGACGCCCCAGGAGCAAGAGUUGUUCAAGAAGAUCUGGUCAGUGUGCAGUGGAAAUUCAGAGAUUCCAGAAGGGACCGAGUGUUCUGCUCGAGCAAGGCCAGAGAAAAGCGCAGUCGUGGCUGCUCACACACGCAAGAAAGAUCUUUCUUCCGCUGUUCGAGAGGUUAUUAUUGCGGGCUAUCUCCAAGAUGACAACAUACGACCCAACGUCAAAAUGGCCAUCGAAUCCAUCGCCCUCCUAUUUGACCUUGAAAUCUACAAGACCGACAUACCAGCCGCAAAGCUGGACGAAGCAAUUGCCUUUUGGGCCCCAAUCGAGGCGGAAAUCUUGCAAGAGGCCGAACGCCUAGAUAGCCUGAUUAAGCAGCUCAAGCAAGUAGAUCCACAGGGCACACUGCGCUUUCUCGAGGAACACAAGAUUCCCGACCACGACCCGCUUGAUGAAGAACUCAGAAAUCUACCCCUGGACGCCAUCGACGCGGUUGAGAAACUCGGCGACAAUACAGUGGAGAUCAGUUUCUCGCUGGCCGUCUUGUCUCCACUCCACCGCACUGUAAUGGGUGUGCCAAAGGAAGCUACCACGGUCUUCCUCUUUCUUGAAACCGAUUACAAAGGACGAGAGCCUCAACAAUAUAGCCUACGCUUGGACUGCACCAUGUCAACUGUGGAUAUCAAAAGGCAACCAGCUCCCAACCUCUUUCUAUGGCACCUCAAGCGCCUCGUCCACACACAGCUUCAAGCCGGACGCGUGGGGAUAGCAGAGUUGCACGGCACUGUCAAGGCGAGGCUUGAAAAUAUGCGACAAGCCUGCGUAUCCUGCGGACGCUUACAGACCUCUCGCGGCAUCCAACUUCUCCGCCCGGGACCCUGCGAUCAGAAAGCGUGCCAGGACACAUGGAAUAGCUUGCCAAUCGACCUACGAAUCCCAGACAUCAAAACCAACCCGCUUGCCACCGACGUGCUUCUCGCAGGCCUGUACGCCGCCGCCCUAACCUCUCGGCCAGAACUCCUCCCCGGCGCCAAAAUGGCCUGGAUCGACGUCAAGAAAAUCGCAAAUCUCCUACCUGCCCUGAAAGUCGUGAAACCCAGCGUAAACCUCUCCUUCUUGCUCCCUAGCUACAAUAUCCAAGCCGAACGCCUCCUCUCCUGGUCUCACAGUCUCACCCCAGGUAUCCUGGCCCUUGCUACCAGCACCACCAAGAUCCCCAAUUUGCCCCUGGACACCGUGCAAUUCAUCCUCAGCAGCACGCACCCUCACGCCGAAACCGCAUUCACCGCGAAACUUCCGCCCAAAGAUCCAAAGACUACCAUCCUCUUCCACGGCACCUCGCUCGACCGCCUCCCUGGCAUCCUCGCCCACGGCCUCAAAAACUGCUCCGGCACCGCACUCCAGCGUGUCGGCGCCGCUCACGGCCACGGCAUCUAUCUGGCAGAGGAGCCUGAUCUGGCAUUUUCGUAUACGGCUGCGCCGCCGCAUGUGGGGUGGCGGAAUAGUGGGGUUGGUGGGAUGCGGCUGUUGUUGGGGUGUGAAGUUGUAGGUAAGGGGAAUGUGGUGGUGGAGGGGAUACAUGUGAUGAAGGAGGAGGGGGAUGUGGUGGUUAGGUAUGUGUUUUUGGAGCCCGCGCAAGACCCGAUACGACGCUCGAACGCCCUCGACUCGGUGAUAAGCAAAAGGGGAGGAGUCAAGCGCAAACUCGAAGUCCUCCACGACGAGGAACAAAAGAUCCAUCGCGCAGCCAAGGCACGCCUCAAACACCUCCAAGACCUCUACGAGAUACAAAGUCUAGUCGACGUGCGCUACGACGAGUGGAGUCGCACCCGGCUCUCCCGCUUACUGGUAGACUGCUUGCUCCGCGAAGGCUACACCGAGUCGGCAACGCACCUGGCGCAGAGCAAAGGCAUCACCGAGCUCGUCGACGUCGAGCCCUUUAUCGCAUGCCACAAAAUUGAGCGGAGUCUGAAGGAGGGCAUGACGACGAGUCUGGCGCUCGAGUGGUGCAAGGAACAUGGCAAGGAGCUGAAGAAGGGGGCGAAUAUGUUGGAGUUUGAACUUCGCUUGCAGCAAUGGAGGAUGGCAUGCAUGGGGUUAGCAUUGGGGGUGGGGGCGGCGAGAUGA